CCAUUUUUCAAAUCUAGGGUUUUCACUCUUUCACCAGAGCUUCUCAAGCGUUUCUCCAAUGGCGGCGAAGAAGACAAUCCGAAACCCAGAGCUAAUCCGUGGCGUCGGAAAGUUCUCACGUUCCAAAAUGUACCAUAAGAAGGGUUUAUGGGCAAUUAAGAAGAAAAACGGCGGCAAAUUACCCCUCCACGAGAAAAAACCCGCCGCCGCCGUCGCCGCUGUAAAGCCACCAAAAUUCUACCCUGCCGAUGACGUGAAAAAGCCCCUUGUUAACAAACACAAGCCAAAACCUACAAAGCUUAGGGCAAGUAUUACCCCUGGAACAGUGUUGAUUAUCCUUGCUGGUAGGUUUAAGGGAAAGAGAGUUGUGUUUUUGAAGCAGCUUACUUCUGGAUUGCUUCUUGUUACUGGUCCGUUUAAGCUUAAUGGAGUUCCAUUGAGACGUGUGAAUCAAGCUUAUGUUAUUGGUACCUCGACGAAGGUUGAUGUUUCUGGAGUGAAUGUGGAGAAGAUUGAUGAUAAGUAUUUUGCUAAGCAGGUUGAGAAGAAGCAGAAGAAGGGAGAAGGAGAGUUUUUUGAAGACAAGAAAGAGGAGAAGAAUGUGCUUCCACAAGAAAAGAAAGAUGAGCAGAAAGCUGUGGAUGCUGCAUUGCUCAAGACCAUUGAAGGAAUUCCUGAAUUGAAGGCGUAUUUGUCUGCAAGGUUCUCGUUGAAGUCAGGCAUGAAACCACACGAGCUUGUGUUCUAAAGGAAGAACACCUACAACAUUUCUGUUGAAACUGAUUUUUGUUACUACUAUUUUUCUGUUUUCUUCGGUUUGAAGUUGCGUUAAGAGUUCAUAUUGAGUAUAAACAUCUUUAAUUAGAAUUUGCAAUAUGGGAAUUUUCUUGUUUA